CGGUCAACGACUGAAGGGAUGCAGUAGCUCACGCGGACUGUCUCUGGGAGUGCUGAGUCGAAUAUCCUCUUUGGCGUCCGGACCGACAGAAACCGACAGCUUUAUUUUAUCUUGAAUCGGAAGUGAAACAUUACAUUUCGAGUUGGGAAGCUUCUAACCACUCAAAGGGUUGACCUUAACUUGGAGAUUUGGGCGGACUUUGUCGGGGACCAAGAACUGCGUAGCUCAAAUCUCACUCUGAAAACCCAAGACCCACGAUGGACUCGAGAGACACUGCCCCUGAUUCCUGGGAAGAAGAGGACGAUGUGGAGGCCACAGUCGACGGACAGCUUGAAUCGGCAUUCACGACCUUAAACGUGAACGCCAAACCUUUUGUGCCCAAUGUAAACGCAGCUGAAUUUGUUCCCGCUUGUGCCACGGUAGCACACUCGGGAAAUCUUGAUUCCGCUGUUGCUGGUGAAAAAAUAUCCGCCAUGGAGGUUUCAGAAAGCUCUGUUCCUGUCGAGAACGGUGACACAGAGAUGACCACAGAUGAGCCAUGGGACCAGAAAGAUGCAGAACCAAGCGAGGAGGAGCCAGGGGGUGGGGAUCGGGGGCCGGGGGAGCCUGCAACUACGGAGGAGACAGCUCCAGAAAUGAUGGAGGAAGAAGAAGAAAUACCCGUGCCAAAGGUUACGCCUGCACAACCAGACGCCCCCAAGAAGGAACACAUCAACGUGGUGUUCAUCGGACACGUAGAUGCUGGAAAGUCCACCAUUGGAGGACAAAUUAUGUAUCUAACGGGGAUGGUAGACAAACGGACCUUAGAGAAGUAUGAGAGAGAAGCAAAGGAAAAGAACAGAGAAACCUGGUAUCUGUCCUGGGCUUUGGACACUAAUCAGGAAGAGAGGGACAAAGGCAAGACGGUGGAGGUGGGCCGAGCAUACUUCGAGACGGACAAAAAGCAUUUUACCAUCCUAGAUGCUCCAGGACACAAAAGCUUUGUGCCCAACAUGAUCGGUGGAGCGUCGCAAGCAGACUUGGCUGUUUUGGUGAUCUCUGCCAGGAAAGGCGAGUUUGAGACUGGCUUUGAGAAAGGUGGACAGACACGGGAGCACGCCAUGUUGGCUAAAACAGCUGGUGUGAAGCACCUGAUAGUGCUGGUAAAUAAGAUGGACGACCCUACAGUCAACUGGAGCCUGGAGAGGUAUGAGGAGUGUAAAGAGAAACUAGUGCCAUUUUUGAAGAAAGUCGGCUUCAACCCGAAGAAAGACAUCCACUUCAUGCCGUGCUCCGGGCUGACGGGAGCCAACCUGAAGGAGCCCACCGAGAUGUGCCCUUGGUACACAGGUCUACCAUUCAUUCCACACUUGGACAGUUUGCCAAAUUUCAACAGAUCAAGCGACGGUCCGGUCAGAUUGCCCAUCGUAGACAAAUACAAGGACAUGGGCACCGUGAUUCUGGGCAAGCUGGAGUCGGGAUCUAUCAGUAAAGCACAGCAGCUAGUCAUGAUGCCAAACAGGCAUGUGGUGGAGGUGCUUAGUCUCUUAUCAGACGACGUGGAGACAGAUGAUGCGGGACCUGGUGAAAACCUCAAGCUGCGGCUGAAAGGCAUCGAGGAGGAGGAGAUCCUGCCUGGUUUUAUCCUGUGUAAUGCUGAGAGCCUCUGUCAUUCGGGGCGCACCUUUGAUGCCCAGAUCGUCAUCAUUGAACACAAAUCCAUCAUCUGUCCGGGUUACAAUGCAGUCCUGCACAUUCACACAUGCAUUGAAGAAGUGCAAAUUACAGCCUUAAUCUGUCUGGUGGACAAGAAGACGGGAGAAAAGAGUAAGACACGGCCUCGAUUUGUCAAACAGGACCAGGUCUGCAUUGCCCGUCUGCGCACAGCAGGAACCAUUUGCCUCGAGACCUUUAAAGACUUUCCUCAAAUGGGACGGUUCACCUUACGAGAUGAAGGUAAAACCAUCGCCAUCGGUAAGGUUCUGAAGCUGGUUGCUGAGCGGGACUGAAAAGGACCGAGAUGUCUGAGUUUUGGUGAGAAGGAGCGGGCGGCACUCGGUCAUAAUCUGCCUCCGCUGUCAUCAGUGGCGACAGCAGCGCGCCCUCCCCCCGUCCCCAACCCCCUUCUGCGUGUCGAAGAUCAGCUUCAGAAAAAACAAGAAAUGAAAAGAAACCUGUUUUUAAAGAAAAGACAAAUAUGUUGUCCACAGGAGUCAGCUUUCUCAUAUUGAGAGCUCCGUUAUGGCAUUUUGGGUUAUCCCCCCACACCUCUCCCCAUUCCUACUCUGGUCCACUUCUUACAUUUUUUUUUCUUUUUAAAUGUUUUUUUUCUUCAAGAUCUUUUUAUUUUUUCUGCUUUCAUAAAUAACACAAAUAGCAGAGUUAUAUCCAUACACACAUGUGGACCAUGAUUUUGCUCUGAGUAAAUCAAGAUUUUCACAUGUAAGAGAAUGAAAAUGUUUGAAAGAACUUAACCAGUUGAAACCAAAUGUUUAUCUUGGGUGUACAUGUUUCCCUCUGCUUUUACCCACUUUUUGGUUUCUCAUGUGGCGUUCUGGCAGUGUGCUUGAGCGUGUUCAGAUGUUAUUAAAGCAAACAGCUACGACAAUAAAAAGAUUUAAUUGGAAAA